UUCGUCUAUGGUGGCGGUUCCUCAGGCUGCGGCGCUGCCAUGAACAGCGGCGCCGGCGGCGGCCUCCCGCCCCCCGUCUCCCCGUCCUCGGCCCCCGGCCCCUCGGCCGCCCUGAAGCUCAAGUUCUGCCGCUACUACGCCAAGGACAAGACCUGCUUCUACGGGGAGGACUGUCAGUUCCUGCACGAAGACCCCGCCGCCGCCGCCGCCGCCGCCGGGCCGGGCCUCGGCAAGGCGGAGCUGGACGGGCUCCGGAUGACCGUUCCCGGAGUAGACGGAGGUGCGUUAGCCGAUAGCGGUCUCACCGAUUCAUACUUCAGCACCAGCUUUAUUGGAGUCAAUGGAUUUGGAAGUCCUGCAGAAGCCAAGUAUCCCAUGAUGCAGAGGAUGACUAAUAGCAGCAGUUCCCCAAGCCUUCUUAAUGACAGUGCCAAGUCAUAUGCAAGCCAUGAUCCUCUAAGUUCACCUGCUUCGUCCUUAUUUAAUGACUUUGGGGCCCUCAGCAUCUCUCAGAGGAGGAAGCCAAGGAAGUAUCGACUGGGGAUGCUGGAGGAGAGGCUAGUUCCCGUGGGAUCAAAGACACGAAAAUCAAAGAACCCUAUUGGCUCCCUGGCUGACAGGUGUAAAUCAGGAGUACCCAUCAAUAUGGUUUGGUGGAACAGAGUCACAGAAAACAAUAUACAGACACCAAAUCCUACUGCAAGCGAGUUUAUUCCUAAGGGAGGAUCAACCUCCAGGCUGAGUAACGUGUCCCAAUCCAAUAUGUCUGCCUUCUCUCAAGCCUUGUUCUCUCAUCCAUCCAUGGGAGGCCCUGCUACUGCUGGAUUAGCCCCAGGAAUGUCACUGUCUGCCGGGUCUUCCCCCCUUCAUUCGCCGAAAAUUACCCCUCACACGUCUCCCGCACCUCGAAGGAGAAGUCAUACUCCCAACCCAGCAAAUUAUAUGGUGCCUUCUAGUGCCUCCACGCCCGUGAAUAACCCCGUCUCGCAAGCCCCGUCUUCUGGCCAGGUGAUCCAGAAGGAAACGGUGGGCGGAACGACGUACUUCUACACAGACACAACUCCGGCACCUGUCACAGGAAUGGUAUUUCCAAAUUAUCAUAUUUACCCUCCAACUGCGCCUCAUGUUGCCUACAUGCAACCAAAAGCAAAUGCACCUUCCUUCUUUAUGGCUGAUGAACUCAGACAGGAGCUGAUCAACAGGCAUUUAAUAACCAUGGCUCAAAUUGAUCAGGCAGAUAUCCCAGCAGUCCCUGCAGAAGUUGACAGCUACCACAGCCUUUUCCCUCUAGAACCACUGCCACCACCCAACCGGAUACAGAAAUCAAGUAACUUUGGGUACAUUACGUCAUGCUACAAAGCUGUAAAUAGCAAAGAUGAUUUGCCAUAUUGCCUUCGGAGGAUACAUGGUUUUCGGCUCGUUAACACAAAAUGUAUGGUGUUGGUUGAUAUGUGGAAAAAAAUUCAGCACUCAAACAUUGUAACGCUGCGUGAGGUGUUUACCACUAAAGCAUUUGGAGAACAUUCUCUUGUGUUUGCCUACGAUUUCCAUGCUGGAGGAGAAACUAUGAUGAGCAGACACUUUAAUGACCCCAGUGCUGAUGCCUAUUUCACCAAGAGGAAGUGGGGGCAACAUGACGGGCCAUUACCGCGACAGCACGCUGGCUUGUUACCAGAGUCUCUCAUUUGGGCAUAUAUUGUCCAGCUGAGUUCAGCCCUGAGAACCGUCCACACUGCAGGCUUGGCAUGUCGGGUGAUGGACCCAACGAAGAUCUUGAUAACUGGCAAAACCAGGUUACGAGUAAAUUGUGUUGGUGUUUUUGAUGUUUUAACGUUUGAUAGCAGUCAGAAUAAUCCACUGGCACUAAUGGCCCAAUUUCAGCAAGCAGAUCUGAUCUCGUUAGGAAAAGUUGUGUUGGCUUUGGCUUGCAACUCUUUGGCAGGAAUUCAGCGAGAGAAUUUACAGAAAGCUAUGGAACUAGUGACAAUCAACUAUUCGUCUGAUCUGAAGAAUCUGAUUUUGUAUUUGCUGACUGACCAAAACCGGCUCCGUAGUGUAAAUGAUAUCAUGCCAAUGAUCGGUGCUCGAUUCUAUACCCAGUUGGAUGCUGCCCAAAUGAGAAAUGAUGUUAUAGAGGAAGAUCUGGCCAAGGAAGUUCAAAAUGGAAGACUGUUUAGGCUUCUAGCAAAAUUGGGAACAAUCAAUGAGAGGCCAGAGUUUCAGAAAGACCCGACCUGGUCAGAAACCGGAGACCGGUAUUUGCUGAAACUCUUUAGGGAUCACCUUUUCCACCAAGUGACUGAAGCGGGGACCCCCUGGAUCGACCUCAGUCACAUUAUCUCCUGUCUCAACAAGCUCGACGCUGGCGUUCCAGAGAAAAUAAGCCUCAUCUCCCGAGACGAGAAGAGCGUCCUUGUAGUGACUUACAGCGAUUUAAAGCGUUGCUUUGAAAACACUUUCCAAGAACUCAUCGCGGCCGCCAACGGCCAGUUGUAGUAUUGGCAGGAAACAUGCAGGACAUGGCCCAGAAACUGACCCGAGAGCAAAUUGCACUACGGCUGAGCCCCCGCCGCUGCCGCCGUGAUCGUCGUCGUCGUCGUCGUCGCUGCCGUGGCCCUCCCGCUUGGCAUCAGGGCCCCGGCCCGGAGGCGGGCGAGGCUUCUGCGGGUACACUGUUACUUGAAGGAGAGAACGUUUUACUCACCGAGAGCUACGGCUGCUGUCGGAGGCUUGGAUCUGUGAAGAAUUUUAUUUUAGAUCGAGGAACACCAUUGGGUGUGUGAUGUUCCUGCUUUUAUUUUUAUUUUUUCCCCCCCACUUGUAUAUGCACUAAUUUUAAUUUUUUAAGACGUUUUCUGAUCUCGGAAGUUUUGCCACACUGCGUCCUUAUCGAGGGAGAGUAUUUGCAAGGGCAACCCUGGGCCCCGUUUCCGUCACCGAGGAUAACGGCAGAUCCAUUCGUUCAUUCGAUGCGUCUCUUGCCCGGCCUUGCGAAGAGGACCAGGUAAACAAUCUCAUAGCCACUGCAUCCUUUAAGUACAACUCGGUGCAUAAUCCUCGGGAAAGAGUGUUGUUUGCAGGCUCGGUAUGCCGCCCGCUGUUCGUUAGAGCAAACCGGACGACGAAUAUCAAACACACACAGAUACACACACACACACACAGCCAACCAGAGAACAAAACAAAGAGUUGUGAAUUGAGAGGUUGGAAAUCCCCUGCCUAAGUUGAUUUCAGUUUUGCCCAAGCAAAGUGUCAAAAGUAUUCUGAUUUGGGACAUUUGGAUGGAUAUAGGAGCUAUCAGGAGCGUCAGUCCCGGGCGGCUCCAGAUACAACCAGCGCCUUUUUACGGAUUGGAUGUAUGUUUCCCUGCUAGUCAGGUGCAUUUACAUUUAUGCAAUUUUUUUAAUAGAAAAAUUUUUUUAAAGAAGUUGUGUUCAAGGCCUGAAGUUUCAGGAGUGUAUUAUUUACAGUAUCCUCUUUUUAUAUAUAUAUAUACACACACAUAUACAUAUGUGUGUAUGUGUGUAUGUGUAUGCACAUAGGCAUAAAUACACACAUAUACGUAAAAAUAUGUAUAGAUAUAUAUAUUUAAAAAUCUGUUCUUGGAACCACAGCUUUAUUAUGGUACUUUACACUGGAUAGAAAUACAAAGACACUGUUUAGAAGGUGAACCAAACACAGCAGUAGCCCGGCAUCCAAGAGCUUUUUUAAGUUUUACAACCUGAAUCUCGAGGGAUAACUAUCUGCUGUGCCUUUUGCAGUCACUGCUUAGCCCAAAGUAAUGUUGCUUUUGAUAAUAUUCUGAGACCCGUGGGAUAUCCUCUUGUCAGUCAGUCUCAAAAGUGGGAAAUCUUCUCCCUCCUGCUCCUCGGCCUCCUCGUCCUCCUCUUCCUGCUCCUCGACUUCUUAACAUCUGGACGUGCGGUUGUUGCCAAACUUGGGUAUUUGUGGGAUUUCUAGUACAAGAUCAAACACCUCCACUUCGAUACUGAAGACUGCCAAAUCCAUAGGAAUUUUCUUUCGUAAGAGCAGUAGUGAAGACUGUAUCUCGCCUUCCCCAGCACUGAAUGUUUUAAUAGCGCCGGGUGCUCACCACGUGCGGAACAAGAAAAGGUGGAAGCCCAGAAGGUCAGAACCGACUCCAAGCACUUGUAACCGAUGCUACUGACUUCUAUUUUAAUAAUUCUCAAUAUUUGUAGUUUUCAGAGAAGUUUUUCCUUUUUCUCUGUCCACUUUUUAUAAGCUUUAAAAUGAUUCUCCGCCUCGAGAUUGGCUGUGAGGAGAAAGCACCUCUGUUUACCCCGGGAGCUUCGAAGUCCAGGGAGCAGGCUUUACCCAUUUUAGAGAACGGGUUGCCGGGG